GUUCCUGGACUAUAAAGACUGCAGCAAGCCACUCACCUGCAGGUUGCAUUGUUUCGCCUGUUCUGUUGUUGUUUCCCGAGUUUUCCUUAGUCUUAGUUCUCCUGGUUUUGACCGUGCCUGUCUUUGGAUAUUCUGAUUGUUUGCCGCCUGACCUGACCUCCGCCUGUCUCUGGAUUUUGUGAUUGCCUCGCCUCCUAUAUAUCUGUUUACCCUGUUUGACGCCUGCCUGCUAUGACCAUGCCUUCGUUUAAUAAAAGCCUGCACAUGGAUCCGCACGCCUCAGACCGUUCAUUCAUGACAGUAGGUGUCUGCUCAUGUACACUUCUUGUGUGAAUAGGGGUUGAGAAACGUGGACCAAUUUGAUCAGCCCCAUCAAUCUGUAUAUGGGCAAACCUCAGUACCCUCUCCCUCUUCCCAUACUGUUUUGACCAUAAGACACUUCCAUGUAAGAAUCAGCUUUUGAGUACUUCCUACUCGCUUCUUUUUUUAUAAUAUAACUAUAAAUUAAAUGUCUAACACAAACAAACAUAUAUGAGGACUCAUGCAGCUUAUAAAACUGCGUAUGCAGCAAUGCACAGAACUGAAAAAAAGAAAGAAAAGUAAAGACAUAAAAAAAUUGUUUAAAUAGUGAAAAAUAAUCAUCGAGGUAUCUACUUUGUAUUCUAUUUUGUAUGAUCUGUCUGACAUUAUUCAACAAAUCCUUUAAAGUUGACUGGGGAAGAUGGGUAUUAUCUGCAGGAGAGAGAGAAUAUUGAGUAACAGCAGGUAGCGCUAGAGUACUGAUGUAGUUUGUGAUCUGCUGUUAAAAGAAGAAAGAGAAAGCAGGUGUGUUUGUGCUUCACAUUCUUGUCCAGUGUGUGCUUAACAGCGAUCACAAAACCGUAAGCGUUUUAAAGACUUCUGAUUUCUCCAAAAUAACAUCGUCUCAACUACUGCGAAGACACAGGGUCCUGUUCAGGACAUGAGGAACAUCUGAUGAUCUUCAGAGACACAAAGAUCUCAGAGAAAAGAAGAAAGAGAUGAGUCUCUCAAAGAAACCGAGCUCUGUGUCUGUGAAGAGCAACCAGUCAAAAGGUGAUCCACCGGGAUUCAGUGAGGAGACACCACCAGCUACUGAAAGCUUUGCAUCUGUGAAAAGUGACCAGUCAAAAGGUCAUCCACCGGAAUUCAGUAAAGAAAGUGCAUCAAAUACUCAAAGUCUUCGAUAUGAAACAUUAACUUCAGACAUCCAGAUUAACAGGAAUCACAAAAAAAUCACAGACAACUUCCUAGGAAUCUUUCAGAAUCUUGAGAAGAAAAUAAUCACAUUUCUAAAAAAUGAGCUGGAAAUGUUCAAGAAAAUAUUACAGAAAGACAACAAGCAACAAUUUGUGGAGGAUUUUAAUGAGAACAGAUGCAGUAACAGAGAAGCAGCUCUUGAUCUCACGCUCUACUUCCUGAGAGAGAUGAAGCAAGAUAGAGCUGCUGAUACUCUAGAAGAUGAGCUGAUCUUCAUUCAUCAGCUAAAGUGUAGCCUAAAGAAGAAGUAUAAGUGUGUGUUUGAAGGAAUCACAAAGCAAGGAGACUCUACACUUCUGAAGAACAUCUACACAGAUCUCUAUAUCACUCAGGGUUUUAGUGAACAUGUCAAUACUGAACAUGAGGUCAGACAGAUUGAAGUUGCUUCCAGACGUCAUGAAACACAAGAGAAACAGGUUGAGUGCAAAAAUUUAUUUGAAGCAUCUGAACAAGACGAGCAGAUCAGAACUGUACUGACAAAAGGAGUCGCUGGCAUCGGAAAAUCAGUCUCUGUACAGAAGUUUGUUCUGGAUUGGGUAGAAGAAAAAGAAAAUCAAGAUAUCAGCUUCAUAUUUCCUCUUCCAUUCAGAGAGAUGAACUUAAAGGAGAAAGAAAAACUAAGUUUGAUAGACCUUUUAACUCAGUUUUUCCCAGAGACAAAAGGACUGAAGCUUACGAGAAGAAAUCAGUUCAAAGUCCUGUUCAUUCUUGAUGGAUUGGAUGAAUGCCGACUUCCUCUAAACUUUAAGGAUAAUGAGAUAUUGUGUGAUGUUUCAUCAGCAGCCUCUCUGGAUGUUCUCUUAACAAACCUCAAAGGAAAUCUGCUUCCUUCUGCUCUUAUCUGGAUCACCACCAGACCAGCAGCUGCCAGUAAGAUUCCUCCUGAAUGUAUCGAGCGGCUGACAGAGAUACGAGGAUUCAAUGAUGCAGAAGGAGGAGGAGUACUUCGGAAAAGAUUCACGGAUCAGAAUCAGGCCAAAGAAAUCAUUGAUCAUGUUAAACAAUCAAAGAGUCUCUUUAUCAUGUGCCACAUCCCAGUCUUCUGCUGGAUUUCAGCCACAGUUCUCCAGAACAUUUUAGAAGAGAAAAGAAAAAAUGUGAUGAAAAUUAAUGAGUCUGAAGAUGCCUCCAAAACACUACAGGAGUCAAAUACUGAAGACACUCCUAAGACUCUGACACAAAUGUACACACACUUUCUUAGAUUUCAGAUCCAGCAGAGCAGAAGAAAGUAUGAUGGAGAACACACACCAGAUGUUUCCUGGGAUAAAGAUGCCAUCUUUUCUCUGGGGAAACUGGCAUUUGAUCAGCUGGAAAGAAACAAUGUGGUCUUCUAUGACACAGAUCUGGAAGCAUGUGGUAUUGACGUCUAUAAGGCUUCAGUGUACUCAGGCAUGUGUACUCAGAUCUUUAAGGAGGAAACAGGGAUCGUUCUUGGUACCAUGUACUGCUUCGUUCAUUUGAGCAUUCAAGAGUUUAUUGCAGCUCUUUAUGCUCAUCUCUUUCUGGACCUCAACAAAAAAAGUGUGUUUGAUCGAGACUCUACACAACAAGAAAACAAAAGUGAAAUUGAUUUCCUCAAGACUGCAGUGGACAAGGCUCUAGAGAGUGAUAAUGGACGAGAUCUUUUCUUCGAUUCCUCCUUGGUUUGUCACACCCAGUCCAAUCAGAGACUCUUACAGGGUCUGUUGACACAGAAAAAUAGAAAUGACCAGAUCAAAAAGGAAAUAGUUGAGUACAUCAAGCAGAAAUUUGAAGCUAAUCUGUCUCCAGAGAGAUACAUCAAUCUGUUCUACUGUCUGAAUGAAUUGAACGACCAAACUCUGGUGAAAGAGAUUCAGACCCACCUCAACAAAGGGAGACUCUCAUCUGCUGACCUUUCUCCUUCCCAGUGGUCUGCUUUGGUCUUUGUGUUGUUGACAUCAGAGGAGGAGCUGGAGGAGUUUGAUCUUCAGAAAUUCAAGAAAUCAGACGAGUGUCUCAUUAGAUUAUCAUCAGUCAUAACCUCCAAAAGAGCUCUGCUAAGUGAUUGUGGUUUAACAGACAAAAGCUGUUCAGCUCUGGCUUCAGUUCUUGAAUCAGAUUCCAGUCUGAAAGAGCUGAACAUGAACAAUAAUAAUCUGCAGGAUUCAGGAGUGAAGCUGCUCUGCACUGGACUGAAGAAUGCUAAUUGUAAAUUAGAGAUACUGAGACUCUCAGACUGCAGUAUCAGUGAAGAAGGUUAUAAAGCUCUGUCUUCAGCCCUGAGAUCAAACCCUUCACACCUGAUAGAGCUGGAUCUCAUAGGAAAUGAUCCUGGAUCAUCAGGAGUGAAGGAGCUCAGUGAUUUACUUCAGGAUCCUAACUGUCAACUAAACACACUGAGGCUAAAUGAUUGUGGUUUAACAGACAAAAGCUGUUCAGUUCUGGCUUCAGUUCUUGGAUCAGAUUUCAGUCUGAAAGAGCUGAACAUGAACAAUAAUAAUCUGCAGGAUUCAGGAGUGAAGCUGCUCUGCACUGGACUGAAGAAUAUUAAUUGUACAUUAGAGAUACUGAGGUUGUGUGAUUGUGGUUUAUCAGAGGAAAGCUGUUCAGCUCUUGCUACAGUCCUGAGAUCAAAUUGCAGUCUGAAAGAGCUUGACAUGAGCAACAAUAAUCUGCAGGAUUCAGGAGUCAAGAAACUCCAGAACGCUUUAGAAAAUACAGAAUGCACAUUGGAGAACCUCAGACUCUCAGACUGCAGUAUCAGUGAAGAAGGUUAUAAAGCUCUGUCUUCAGCCCUGAGAUCAAACCCUUCACACCUGAUAGAGCUGGAUCUCAUAGGAAAUGAUCCUGGAUCAUCAGGAGUGAAGGAGCUCAGUGAUUUACUUCAGGAUCCUAACUGUCAACUAAACACACUGAGGCUAAAUGAUUGUGGUUUAACAGACAAAAGCUGUUCAGCUCUGGCUUCAGUUCUUGAAUCAGAUUCCAGUCUGAAAGAGCUGAACAUGAACAAUAAUAAUCUGCAGGAUUCAGGAGUGAAGCUGCUCUGCACUGGACUGAAGAAUGCUAAUUGUACAUUAAAGAUACUGAGGUUGUGUGAUUGUGGUUUAACAGAGGAAAGCUGUUCAGCUCUUGCUACAGUCCUGAGAUCAAAUUCCAGUCUGAAAGAGCUUGACAUGAGCAAAAAUAAUCUGCAGGAUUCAGGAGUCAAAAAACUUCAGAGCGCUUUAGAAAAUACAGAAUGCACACUGGAGAACCUCAGACUCUCAGACUGCAGUAUCAGUGAAGAAGGUUAUAAAGCUCUGUCUUCAGCUCUGAGAUCAAACCCUUCACACCUGAUAGAGCUGGAUCUCAUAGGAAAUGAUCCUGGAUCAUCAGGAGUGAAGGAGCUCAGUGAUUUACUUCAGGAUCCUAACUGUCGACUAAACACACUGAGGUUUUUGGGUCCUGCUGCAGAUGAAGGCUGUCAGUAUGUGACUGGAAUUGUGGGUAAAAACCCGUUACUCCUGAAAGAGCUGAAUCUGAGUGAACAUGAACUAGGAGACACACGAGUGAAUCAGAUCUCUGCUCUACUGCAGGAUAAACACUGUCAGAUCAACACACUGAAGCUAAAUGAUUGUGGUUUAACAGACAAAAGCUGUUCAGCUCUGGCUUCAGUUCUUGAAUCAGAUUCCAGUCUGAAAGAGCUGAACAUGAACAAUAAUAAUCUACAGGAUUCAGGAGUGAAGCUGCUCUGCACUGGACUGAAGAAUGCUAAUUGUAAAUUAGAGAUACUGAGACUCUCAGACUGCAGUAUCAGUGAAGAAGGUUAUAAAGCUCUGUCUUCAGCUCUGAGAUCAAACCCUUCACACCUGAUAGAGCUGGAUCUCAUAGGAAAUGAUCCUGGAUCAUCAGGAGUGAAGGAGCUCAGUGAUUUACUUCAGGAUCCUAACUGUCAACUAAACACACUGAGGUUUUUGGGUCCUGCUGCAGAUGAAGGCUGUCAGUAUGUGACUGGAAUCGUGGGUAAAAACCCGUUACUCCUGAAAGAGCUGAAUCUGAGUGAACAUGAACUAGAAGACACACGAGUGAAUCAGAUCUCUGCUCUACUGCAGGAUAAACACUGUCAGAUCAACACACUGAAGCUAAAUGAUUGUGGUUUAACAGACAAAAGCUGUUCAGCUCUGGCUUCAGUUCUUGAAUCAGAUUCCAGUCUGAAAGAGCUGAACAUGAACAAUAAUAAUCUGCAGGAUUCAGGAGUGAAGCUGCUCUGCACUGGACUGAAGGAUAUUAAUUGUACAUUAAAGAUACUGAAGUUGUGUGAUUGUGGUUUAUCAGAGGAAAGCUGUUCAGCUCUUGCUACAGUCCUGAGAUCAAAUUCCAGUCUGAAAGAGCUUGACAUGAGCAACAAUAAUCUGCAGAGUUCAGGAGUCAAGAAACUCAAGAACGCUUUAGAAAAUACAGAAUGCACAUUGGAGAACCUCAGACUCUCAGACUGCAGUAUCAGUGAAGAAGGUUAUAAAGCUCUGUCUUCAGCUCUGAGAUCAAACCCUUCACACCUGAUAGAGCUGGAUCUCACAGGAAAUGAUCCUGGAUCAUCAGGAGUGAAGGAGCUCAGUGAUUUACUUCAGGAUCCUAACUGUCAACUAAACACACUGAGGCUAAAUGAUUGUGGUUUAACAGACAAAAGCUGUUCAGCUCUGGCUUCAGUUCUUGGAUCAGAUUCCAGUCUGAAAGAGCUGAACAUGAACAAUAAUAAUCUGCAGGAUUCAGGAGUGAAGCUGCUCUGCACUGGACUGAAGAAUGCUAAUUGUACAUUAGAGAUACUGAGGCUAAAUGAUUGUGGUUUAACAGACAAAAGCUGUUCAGCUCUGGCUUCAGUUCUUGAAUCAGAUUCCAGUCUGAAAGAGCUGAACAUGAACAAUAAUAAUCUGCAGGAUUCAGGAGUGAAGCUGCUCUGCACUGGACUGAAGGAUAUUAAUUGUAAAUUAGAGAUACUGAGGCUAAAUGAUUGUGGUUUAACAGACAAAAGCUGUUCAGCUCUGGCUUCAGUUCUUGGAUCAGAUUCCAGUCUGAAAGAGCUGAACAUGAACAAUAAUAAUCUGCGGGAUUCAGGAGUGAAGCUGCUCUGCACUGGACUGAAGGAUAUUAAUUGUACAUUAAAGAUACUGAGGUUGUGUGAUUGUGGUUUAACAGAGGAAAGCUGUUCAGCUCUUGCUACAGUCCUGAGAUCAAAUUCCAGUCUGAAAGAGCUUGACAUGAGCAACAAUAAUCUGCAGGAUUCAGGAGUCAAGAAACUCAAGAACGCUUUAGAAAAUACAGAAUGCACACUGGAGAACCUCAGACUCUCAGACUGCAGUAUCAGUGAAGAAGGUUAUAAAGCUCUGUCUUCAGCUCUGAGAUCAAACCCAUCACACAUGAUAGAGCUGGAUCUCAUAGGAAAUGAUCCUGGAUCAUCAGGAGUGAAGGAGCUCAGUGAUUUACUUCAGGAUCCUAACUGUCAACUAAACACACUGAGGUUUUUGGGUCCUGCUGCAGAUGAAGGCUGUCAGUAUGUGACUGGAAUUGUGGGUAAAAACCCGUUACUCCUGAAAGAACUGAAUCUGAGUGGACAUGAACUAGGAGACACACGAGUGAAUCAGAUCUCUGCUCUACUGCAGGAUAAACACUGUCAGAUCAACACACUGAAGCUAAAUGAUUGUGGUUUAACAGACAAAAGCUGUUCAGCUCUGGCUUCAGUUCUUGAAUCAGAUUCCAGUCUGAAAGAGCUGAACAUGAACAAUAAUAAUCUACAGGAUUCAGGAGUGAAGCUGCUCUGCACUGGACUGAAGGAUAUUAAUUGUACAUUAAAGAUACUGAGGUUGUGUGAUUGUGGUUUAACAGAGGAAAGCUGUUCAGCUCUUGCUACAGUCCUGAGAUCAAAUUCCAGUCUGAAAGAGCUUGAAAUAAGCAACAAUAAUCUGCAGAGUUCAGGAGUCAAGAAACUCCAGAGCGCUUUAGAAAAUACAGAAUGCACAUUGGAGAACCUCAGACUCUCAGACUGCAGUAUCAGUGAAGAAGGUUAUAAAGCUCUGUCUUCAGCUCUGAGAUCAAACCCUUCACACCUGAUAGAGCUGGAUCUCAUAGGAAAUGAUCCUGGAUCAUCAGGAGUGAAGGAGCUCAGUGAUUUACUUCAGGAUCCUAACUGUCAACUAAACACACUGAGGUUUUUGGGUCCUGCUGCAGAUGAAGGCUGUCAGUAUGUGACUGGAAUCGUGGGUAAAAACCCGUUACUCCUGAAAGAGCUGAAUCUGAGUGGACAUGAACUAGAAGACACACGAGUGAAUCAGAUCUCUGCUCUACUGCAGGAUAAACACUGUCAGAUCAACACACUGAAAUUAAGAGGCUGUUAUAUGACAGAUGAAGGUUGUUCUGCUGUGACUUCAGCUCUAAAAUCAAACCCAUCACACCUGAGAGAACUGGACCUGAGUGAGAAUAAACUCGGAGACUCUGGAGUGAAACACCUCAGUGAUCUACUGAUGAACACACAAUUCAAGCUGGAGAAACUAGAUCUCUGUAGAUGCAGUAUUACAGAGAAACAGAGUCUCAUCCUGACUUCAGCUCUGAUAACAAAUCCAUCACACCUGAGAGAACUGAACCUGAGCUUGAAUCAUAAAAACACAGGAGUGAAUCACUUAUGUGACAUACUGAAGGAUUCACACUGUAAACUGGAGAGAUUGAGGUUAAGAGGCUGUGAAAUGACAGAUGAAUGUUGUUCUGCUCUGACUUCAGCUCUGAAAUCAAACCCAUCACACCUGAGAGAACUGAACCUGAACGGGAAUCAAAUAGAAAACAUAGGAGUGAAUCACUUAUUUGACAUACUGAAGGAUUCACACUGUAAACUUGAGAGAUUGAUGUUAAGCAGCUGUGGUUUGACAGCUGAAGGUUGUUCUGCUGUGACUUCAGCUCUGAAAUCAAACCCAUCACACCUGAGAGAACUGAACCUGAGUGAGAAUAAACUCGGAGACUCUGGAGUGAAACACCUCAGUGAUCUACUGAUGAACACACAAUUCAAGCUGGAGAAACUAGAUCUGUUUUACUGCAGUAUUACAGAGAAACAGAGUUUCAUCCUGACUUCAGCUCUGAAAUCAAACCCAUCACACCUGAGAGAACUGAACCUGAGUGAGAAUGAAAUAAAAAAUACAGGAGUGAAUCACUUAUGUGACGUACUGAAAGAUUCCCACUGUAAACUGGAGAGACUGAGGUUAAGCAGCUGUGGUUUGACAGAUGAAGGUUGUUCUGCUGUGACUUCAGCUCUACAAUCAAACCCAUCACACCUGAGAGAACUGAACCUGAGUGAGAAUAAACUCGGAGACUAUGGAGUGAAACACCUCAGUGAUCUACUGAUGAACACACAAUUCAAGCUGAAGAAACUAGAUCUAUGUGGAUGCAGUAUUACAGAGAAACAGAGUCUCAUCCUGACUUCAGCUCUGAAAUCAAACCCAUCACACCUGAGAGAACUGAACCUGAGCUGGAAUAAACUCAGAGACUCUGGAGUGAAACACCUCAGUGAUCUACUGAUGAACACACAAUUCAAGCUGGAGAAACUAAAGUUAAGCAGCUGUGGUUUGACAGAAGAAGGUUGUUCUGCUGUGACUUCAGCUCUGAAAUCAAACCCAUCACACCUGAGAGAACUGGACCUGAGCUGGAAUGAACUCAGAGACUCUGGAGUGAAACACCUCAGUGAUCUACUGAUGAACACACAAUUCAAGCUGGAGAAACUAGAUCUGUCUGGAUGCAGUAUUACAGAGAAACAGAGUCUCAUCCUGACUUCAGCUCUGAAAUCAAACCCAUCACACCUGAGAGAACUGAACCUGAGCGGGAAUGAACUCAGAGACUCUGGAGUGAAACACCUCAGUGAUCUACUGAUGAACACACAAUUCAAGCUGGAGAAACUAGAUCUGUGGAGAUGCAGUAUUACAGAGAAACAGAGUCUCAUCCUGACUUCAGCUCUGAAAUCAAACCCAUCACACCUGAGAGAACUGGACCUGAGCGAGAAUGAACUCAGAGACUCUGGAGUGAAACACCUCAGUGAUCUACUGAUGAACACACAAUUCAAGCUGGAGAAACUACAUCUGUCUGGAUGCAGUAUUACAGAGAAACAGAGUCUCAUCCUGACUUCAGCUCUGAAAUCAAACCCAUCACACCUGAGAGAACUGGACCUGAGCGAGAAUGAACUCGGAGACUCUGGAGUGAAACACCUCAGUGAUCUACUGAUGAACACACAAUUCAAGCUGGAGAAACUAGAUCUUUGUCUCUGUGACAUUACAGAUGUUUCUUCUUUAACUCAGUGUUUGACAAAAACAGAAACACUGCAGUUUCUAAAAGAGCUUGAUCUGAGUUUUAAUGAGAUCAGAGACUCAAAGCAGCAGCUCAUUGAUGUGCUACGAGACUCAAACUGUAAACUGAGAAUAGAUAGAGAUCCAUUAUUAGAAGUAUAUAGAAGAAGAUUUCAGAUUUCAGUCUUCAAUUGAGGAUAAAUGCUGUAUAUUAUAGUUUGAGAUCAUCUUGAGAGGAGCAGUAAACAUCAGAUGAAGAUCCACAGAAGAACUUCACUAUGUGUCUAUGAGGAGAAAUAAAUGUGUGAUAAAUGUGUAAAUAUGAUUCAUACAGGUGAAGAGACUCAGACUUUACAAUCAAAUAAUGCAGCUUGUGUGUUAGAAACAUAUUGAAUCAUUAAUAUUGAUUUAAUAUUUACCCUAAUGAUCAUGUUUCAAUUAAAGCUAAACAGAGGAAGAAGCUCAGAUGAGUCUGACUCUUCAGUUUAAUAAUAUUUGUAUUAAACCCAUUCAUAAUGAUCAGUAUAAUAAUGAAUAUGUAUUAAAAAAAGCAAUUAUUAUGAAGUUAGAUUUGUGUGUGUCUGUUUUUAUUAAUCAUAAAUCCUCUCUUUACAAUAAACAAAGCAGAAACACCAUGUAAAUAAAAGCUGGAUUGUGGAGUUUGUGUUGAACUGAUGAGUUAUAAUGAUGAAUAAAAUGAAUAAAACUGAUGAAUAAAAAUGAGUUAUGUAGGGG